UUUUUCUUCUUUACGGAAGUAAACCGGAAGUGGCGCAAAUAUCUACUCCUCUUGAACCAUGCUUGAAUGGAGGUGACCUUAGUUAUAGUCAAAUUGUAAAGUAGAGGAGCCUGCUGAGGACACUUCGGUCUGGUUUGGAUGCUAAAACUUGAAACGUGAAUAUUAAGACGUUGCGCUGUGAGCAGGACGAACUGAGAUGGCAGAGGCGCAUCAGGCACGCGUGCACGCUGCGGUGGAAGAAAUGGUCCAAAGCCUAGAGAGGGAUCACAUCCGUGUAAUGCAGGGUCGCAUGUUCAGGUGCAGUGCAGACUGCUGUGAUCGUUCCUCAGACUCCAUGUCUGUGGUGCACCGGUGUAUCGAGAGGUGUCACACUCCUCUGGCCCAAGCUCAGGGACUGGUCACUUCGGAGCUGGAGAAGUUUCAGGACCGUCUGACCAGAUGCACGAUGCACUGCAAUGAUAAGGCAAAGGAUCUUUUUGACUCCGGCGCUAAAGAGCCAGCUGUUCGAUCAAUGAUGGACAGCUGUGUGGGCAGUUGUGUGGACGACCACGUAAACCUGAUCCCCAGCAUGACCCGAAGAAUCAAAGAUAAUUUGGACUCUAUACAGCAGUAAUUAGAGGGAUGGUAUGAUGUUCAGUCUGAGGUCAUUACACAUACAGAAACAGAGUCUCUCAACUCAGCCAGUUUGACCAGUAAUAACUGAAGAAUAGAGGGCUGGAAUACCAUGAAAAGAUGGAGUGUGAAGUUAAAAAAAAAAUGUAUUGUGAAAUACUAAAGAGGCUAUGACUCUGAAUCCUGGUGUGUUAGAGAUUUAAAACUGCUCACUGUGAGAUUUGAUAUCUUACCAUGUGUAAUCUACAAACUAUAACCUCCCUGGAGACUAGCAAUUAAAAGUUUUGUUAGCUCUUGGUUUGGUUAACCAAGUGAUGCAUUUGGUGGCGCAUCGUUUGUGAACAAGAUGCCAACUAAAACAUGCAUUGAAGAAGAGAAGUGUGCAUUUAAAUGUUUUUUAUCUCAUUUCAUAUCCAGUAUCCCCUAUUUAAAAUACAGGUAUAGAGUGCACCACCCAAUGAUCAACUCUUUUCAGUCAUAUCUGAUUUCUGAAGUUUCUCUCCAGUAUGAGCCUUCUCAUCCCUUGGUCUUCUUUUGUCAUUUUAUUGUUGUUCUGUGAUUGUCUGACCUCAUGUUGAUAUACGUUUAUAUAUCUGUAUUAAAAGUACUGUA